GGAUAAUUUUUAUUUUUCCGCUAUCGACUUUCGGUAGGCUAUCCACUGCGUUAUUUAAUAGCCCAAUAAAAAUGUGUAAAGUCACACAUGCUAAUAAUUAGGCCAUCUGUUGCCUUUUUAUAAAGUUUUGAAUUUGACAAUUUAACAAUAAUACAUGGCUUAACUUGUGAUGCAGUUAGUUUGGUAAAUAUUAAAUGGAUAUUUCUUUAGGACCGUAUUAUUUAACGAGUGUGGAUUACAAGUAGAAAUUACUUGAAUUAUUUUACAGUUUUUAAAAAAAUAUUUUGUGUACAAAGUCACCUCCUACCUUUAGCUGUUUACCAUUUGCCGAUAUAAUAACCUUAAUUAUUUUGGAUACUUCGUUGUAAGCGUUAUUUUUCUUAUUUAUCAUACUCUCAACACCGAAAGUACAUCAAGAGGACAAGAUUCUGAUAUUCUUCCUAUAAAUUUGACUGCAUUAGCUAUAGAUUCUAACAAGCAUAAUUCUGUAGAACAGUUUCAAUACAUGUAAAAUUUUAAAAACUAUUAGAUGAGGCUUAAAUGAAGCAAAAUAUAAUUUCCAAAAACAAACAAGCUUUAAAAGCAUUUUAUCAAGGAAGGUAUUAUGAAGCAGUUGUUAUGUGGCAUGAAAUUAUCAAAAUAGCUAUUGUUAGUAAUAAAAAUACCAAUAUUGCUAAUACUAGUAAUGAAAAUAUCAAUACUGCUGAUUAUGCUGCGGUUCUUUAUAAUAAAGCCCGUGCUUAUGAAAAGCUUGAGUGCCUAUAUUUAGCUCAAAAGUAUUACCAAAAUGCUCUAGGAAAAGAUUCUAAUCAUACUAAAUCGAAAAAAUAUUUAAAAGAUAUUAAAAAUGCUUUAAAGAGUUUUAAACAAGAGACGCUAAGAAAUAACGUAGAGCAAUUUAUAAUGUUAGAAAGUCAGUGUAAUAAUGAAACAAAAGUCAGCAUCUUAAAAGAGAUAGAAUUAAAUGAAUAUGGAAUUUUAGUAAAAAAAUUCGCUCACAAAAAAUCUGCAGAAGAAGUAAAGAACUUAGUAAUAAUUCUCAAUGAUCUAGGGUAUUUGACUACCAAGUUAGGAGAGUUAAACAAAGAACUGAAAUACUACAUUGAAGCUGCAGUUUUUUAUCAAUAUAUGAUUGCUAUAAUAAAAGAGAAGUUAAAUAAGGAGUUUAUAACUAUUGAAGAGAAAAAUGAUUUUAUAAAACAACAGCUAAUAAGUCCAUAUCAACAAUUAGCCUAUUUACAAAAGUUGAUAUUUUCAGCAAUUAGCGGAGACCAAGUAAACAUUUUGGAUGUGAAAGAAGAAGCAAAAACUAAUAAAAAUCUAUUAUUAGCGAUACGAAAGAAAACUGAUCAAAAAAUGAUAGAAGUAGAAUCCUAUUACCAAAAAUCAAAAACUGAUAAUUUAAUGGAGCAACAAAUAAAUAAAGAGUUAUACAUAAAUACCGCAAGAGUCAUCUUUCAAGAAAUAGCUUGUGAAAUGAAAAGUUUUUUGGCAAAAUUAUAUCGGGAUAGUGAACAAGAAAUAGCUAUAGCAAUGCCAUGUAAAUAUGCAGUAAUAGGACUUGGUUCAAUGGCUCUGAACCAAAUGACACCUUACUCAGAUUUUGAGUUUGCUAUCCUAACAGAGAAUGACGAUUACCAAAGAAGUAAUGAAGCCAAGAUAAGAGAUUAUUUUAAAAAUCUCAGCUAUUUAGUUAAUUUUAAGUUAAUCAAUCUUGGAGAAAGUAUUAUUCCUACUAGUAAAUAUAGCAUAGAUAUAGGUCACCUAAUUCACAAAGGAGUAAGCUUUGAUUUAGGAGGCAAGACACCACUUGGAAGAAUAGAUAAUGACAAACCAUAUGAACUAAUAAAAACAGUUAAAGGGAUGAUGAAUUAUGUACUUAAUGAGGGAAAUAAGGUUAGUCAUAUAGAUAAAAACUUACCAUUUAUACUAGAACACGUAUGUUAUGUUCAUGGAUAUGAAGAGCUUGUGAAAAAUUUUCAAAAAAAAGUUAUAGAGUUUUUGCAUAACAAAAACACAAAUGACCCACAAGGUAGAUUAAACUGUGAGAUAAGAGCCAUUAAAUUACUACAAGAAGGCACAGUAGAAAUUGAUUAUCUUCAAAAACAAAAAAUAAAUAGCAAUCUUAAAAAGACUUUUUUUAAAGGAGAUCUAGACAUGCACAAACCAAGUUUGUUUGAUAUUGAUAAUGAAGGCAGGUUAUUUAAUGUUAAGCGGGAGAUCUAUCGAUUACCUGAUCGCAUGAUCUAUAAUCUCGGCCUUUAUUAUGGUAUUGAUGGGGGUAGUGGCUGGGAUACAGUAGAUAAAUUAGAAGAGCGCAAUAUAAUUACUUCAAAAGCAGCAUUUAAUUUAAAAUAUGUUAUAACUUUUCCUUCUACCGUCAGAUUAAAGAUUUAUUCUCAUUAUAAAGCUCAGAAUGAUGAUUUGUCAAUAUUUACUAGACCAGCUAAUAUUGAAACUAAGCAAAAAAAACCAACUGAACAGAUUUGGCGAUUAGCUGAAGCUGAUUUAGGUGAACAAGGUGGUUUAUUUCAUUAUUUUUAUACUGCAAUACCUUUACAUAAAAAAUUAAAACAUUUUUGUUUCCAUAGUAAAGACUUCAAAGACACAAUUAAGCAAACAUAUUUUCAGACAUGCAUUUUUUAUAAAGAUGAUUCUGCUACUAAAGGACUUAUCUAUUAUAGAUUGUUACAAUAUAAGAAAUCUCAAAGCUAUUUAGAAAUUGCAGUACAAGACCCAAAAAAUUGUUUCAAUGUGGAAAUAAGACAGGCUUUAGGAAUAAUAUAUAAAUAUUUUGGUAAAGACAACCAGGCUAUAAAACUAUUUAAAGAUUGUUUAGAGAAAGCAAUAGCCAUACAUGGUAAUGAGCCUAAUUUAAAACUUGCUAUAUGUUUAGAUUUUUUAGCUUCAAGUUAUCGAGGAAAAGAUUAUAAAAAAGCAACUCAGUGCUCAAGGGAAAGUUUAAAGAUAUUUAACCCCCUUAAUAAAAGAAAUUUUGAGUAUGUUUCUGUUUGUUCAAAUCUAGCAUUAAAUUAUACUUUAGAAGGAAAAUAUGAUGAGGCAGAUAAGUGUUUCAAAAUGAGUCAAAAUAUGGUAAAUGACUUGAAUGUUGAAAAAGAGUUUACAAUUAUUGAUAAUGGUCUUAUUUUAUUUUAUAUAGAUAAAGCACAAUUUGAUAAAGCAAUUAAAUACAUUAAGAAAAAUUUAGAUAAGUUAAAACACAUAUAUAAGGGAGAACCUAAUAAUGAUGUUGCCGCGAUGUUAUUUCAUCUAGGUUUAGCUUACGCUGGUAAAGGGCUAUACUGUGAAUCAAUUAUAUAUUACAUUAUGUCUCUAGAUAUGGUAAUAUACAUCCAUGGUGAAGAAAACAAUCUUCAAGUUGCUGGUUGUUAUUGUAACUUAGCAAAUGUCCAUAUAGAUAUAGGACAAAUUGAUAAAGCAUUUGAAUAUUAUAAAAAAGGCAUCGAUAUGUUAAAACAAAUAUACAAGGAACCUCAUCUAGAUGUUGCUAUUCAAUUAACCAAUUUAGGAAGUUUAUAUAUUUACAAAAAGCUAUAUGGCGAAGCGAACAAGUGUUUAAAGGAAAGCCUUAUAAUAAAAGAAUUAAUUAGGGGAAAAAUUCCUCAUCAGUGUUUUGUUAAUAGUUUUAUUGGUUUGGGAAAUAUUUGUUUAUCUGAAGGAAAAUAUGACCAGGCAAAGGAAUAUUUUAAAAAGAGCCUAAAUAUGAGCAAAACUAUACACAAAAAAGAACCCCAUCCGAAUGUUGCUAACGCGUUAUAUUACUUAGCUUUAUAUUUCCAUUUAACAAAACAGUAUAACAAAGCAAUUAUGCGUUUUAAUGAAAGUCUACGUAUCAUGAAAUCCUGCCAACUUCAAUUUCAUCCAAGUUUUGCUGCAUCUUUAAAUGCUUUAGGGAUAGUGUAUAGAGCAAAUAAUCAAUAUGAUCAGGCAGUUAAGUACAUUCGCCAUGCUUUGCAAAUAAUAUUAUCUUUUAAAGAUCAUCCGUAUACAAAUUGUAUAGUAUAUAGUUUAGUUAUUAGCGCCUUCUUAGUUACAACAAAUACUUCAAAUUGGCAAGAGGCUCUAAAUAAAGUUCUUUAUUUUGCUUCACAAAAACUAUAUUUUACAGGUUGCAAACUACAAUUAGGUAUUUCAAAAGAUAAUGAUAAUACAAGUGAAUCGCAAAUGGCUGAGCAAGCUAAAAAUUAUAAUAUAUUACUAAAGAUUCUGUUUAAUGUUGAAUCAGAAACAAAAUUGGAAAUAUGUAGUAAAAUAAAAGGCCAUGAAAGUGCUGAUUUAGUGUUAGCUGAAGCAGAAAGAAAUUUAUAUAUACUUCUGGAGCUAAUUACUGCUGAAGCCAAUAACUGUUUGUUGAACAGUAUUAAUAAUGAUAACAUUAAUGAUACUUAUACUACCCCAAAAUACCAGCAGUAGGUUAAAACUAUUAUAAAAAAACUGUACUACUCUCCAGUCCUUAAUAUAAAAAGGGGGGGGGCGGAAGGACGUUUAAAGAGGGGGAAAGACAAACCACUACCCCCACCCCUUUAUUGGAUCUGGGCUAAAACCCAAGCACCCCUUUUAUUUGCACAACACACCCUCUCCUUUUAUUCCUACCCGACCCCCUUGUAUUAAGUACUGGAGAGUAUAUAAACUGUGAGUACUUUUAAAUCUUCUUUAAACAUUUAUGUAAUAGCAUUUGAUCAAAUUGUAAAAACUUUAUAAGCUUUUGUUUGGUUUAUAUAUUUUUUGUAA